CAGGCUCCGGUAUAAAAUAUUUAAAGGCGCACGAAGGAUCCACAGGAGCCGCCAACGAGAUGAGUCUGGAGUCGUUGUUUGAGCACAUCAUCUUCACUGAGCACCAGGCGGAGGAGAGCCGCAGGGCGCUGCGAGAAGUGAGAUCAGAAAUUACCAGAUGUCGUGGGAGGAUUAAGAAAGCGACAGAGGAUCUCAAUGAAGAGAAAGUCAAGUUGGAAUCCAAGGUUCAGCAGUUUUCUGAAAAAUCAUUUCUCUUAGAGCUUUUGAAAACCCAUGAAAAUGCAUUAGAGAGACAGCACAGUGAAAUUAUGAACCAAAGGGAUACCCUGCUCCAAGCCUUCGAGGCCACAAAGAAAAAAGCAACAGAAGAAGAGGAAAAUUUUAUUAAGGAAAUUACAGACUUCAAUGAUGAAUAUGAAAUAACCAAGAAAAAAGAUAUUUUGAUGAAAGAAAAUAUCAAGAUGGAAAUUGCUGACUUGGAAAAUCAGGCAAAUGUUUUGAGAGGAGAAAUGAAGUCAAUGGAAUGUAACAGUGAUCAGUUACAGGAACUUCAAAAACAAAAGCGUCAACUGUUACAAGAAUUAUUUACUGUCCAGAAAAAACUUAAAGUUCUUAAAGAUGAAGAGACUGAAGUCAUUUAUACCACCAAAUACUUAGAGGCAGAAAAAUUAAAAGUCAAAGAAAAACCUCAACAUGAUGCUGAAUGCUUGAGACUGAAACAGGAGCUGGAUCUCUACAGCGAAGAUGAGAUGGAAAGCAUGUGCAAAGCGCUCCAGACAGAAAUAGAGUUUCUGGAGUCGACAUUGGCGCAGAAGGGUCUUCAGGACAAGUGACUUCUCGGAGUUGAUGAGCCGCCCUGCACUUGACCAUGGCAUCUUAGAGUCAACCCCAAGUGACACCUGUGUGGCAGAUCUCCAUGUAAACAAAAGGUUCAGAAUAGUCCAAGUGCUUAUGUCAAGAGAGGGUUUAUGUAUAUCUACAAAAUAAGUUUUAUCUUGUUACUUAAGAGGUACUUGUGUGCUUUCUAAAGGAAGAGAAAGGAGAAAAUACCAUAUUCCAGGAUUCUUCAUACCAAUCUGUCUUUUCUGAUCAGGAUGUGUUCUUCUUUCUUGUAGCUUACCCUGGGUCCUAUCAACACACAGGGAGAUAAGUGUUCAGGUUAUCGACUCAGUUUUGUUCAUGCCAUUUCUGCCAGGCCAAAGUUCUUACUUUGAUUUUAAUCUUUUUUCCAUUUUUUUUUCAAUUAUAAAGUGUCGACAGUGAUUAUCUGGGGCUUUCCAUUCCUCCGUGUGUCUCCAGAGCUUUAAAGCCAGGACAUCUGCAGACACAUGGCAGUGACCCCUACCUACCACUUCUGAUGACAGUGUUGGUUGGGAGCAAGUUUUCCACUUGGGGAGGACGGGAUAGGCAGCAUCGUGUACUCUCCACAGUUAUCGACCUUGACUCCUAGAGAGGAUAUUUUCACCAGUGUUAGAAUGUGUGUCAAAGCUGUGCAGUCAGAGCCUGGGCUAGGCUAGGUGGGAGAAGGAAGUGUCUGAAAGUGGCCGUGUGACCUGCCUGGGGCUGUGUGUUAGGAGCAGGUUCUGCGAAGCAGAGGAAACGGCAGCUGGCAGCUGCUCUGUUAAAGCUGAACUUAGUUCUCCAGUUGUUGAUCUCUUCUCCUUUUACAUAUUUGUAGUCGUAUAACUCUUGGAAGGAAAAUUAGCUGAAAUUGUCAGUAUAUAAAUAUGUCUAGGACUGAAUUUGAUUACUCUGGAGUAAGACAGUGGCUGCAGAGAAAGGUAGUUUGUACAUGAGUGUGUGUUUGUUAAGUCAAUUCAUUAGCAUGGCUGUGCAUUUAGUUAUGAGCAAAGUACCACUAGCCCAAACAGUCCGCACACUGCACUCGCGACCUGGCACGCCACUGUGCUUCUUUAAUGCUACCCUAUGUCCUUCAAGAAGCAAUUUUUAAAUCUCACCUCCCCACUGGGGGCUGUGUUAGAAUGUAUAUAGUUCAGCACACUUUUUCUAAAUCUUGCCUCUCCACUGGGGACUGUUUUAGAAUGUAUAGGUUGCUUCAUAUCCUCCUGUUAAUUUAUGGGGCCAUUUGGCUAGAGGAAAAAUAGCAAUAAAAUCAUAGGCUAUGGGCAUGAUCCUAGUGAAGAUUCCUUUCUCUCUUCUCUGACCUCACUGUCGACAGGGAGGGAGGUACAGAAAAAGGGAAAGCGUUGAGAGCUGUACAGCCAGACAUGGCUGCCUUAGUGUUGUUUUGUCCACAGCAUGUCUUCUUCUGUAAAAGAAACAAGGAUUAAAGAGCGUUUAGCAUUUGCCUGCCUGCCUGUCUUUUCUUGAACUUGUAAAACCAUGAUGAGAUUUUAAAAGCAUAGAAGAAGGUUGAGGUCAUUGUAUUCUGAUGAAUUAGAACACAGGAAACACAGCAAGCUGGAGUUGUUUCCUCGCUGUGCAGUGGGAGCUCUGCUGUGAACAGUCUAUUGAGUCCUUUAGCACAUGGGCACCCUAGAUGGCCGCAGAUGGACAGACAGCCCACAUUGGACAAGCUCUGUUGUCAGCUUUGGCUGAGGACAAAGUCUCUUUCUAUUUUGCACCAAUCAAUCACAAAUAACUCUGUCACAUUGUGAUGAAUAAAUCGUUUAUUUGCAGUCCAGAAGCCAGUAGCAGUUAAGCGACAUGACGAGAGAUAAAGAAGACAGUUUUAGUCGUGAGUCACCAGGAUAAGGUAUUCUUUAUUCAGCUGUUGUAGGAUCAAUUUGAAGUUUGAAGUUGCUGCACAUUCUAGAAAGGCUUUCGGCAUUUGGAGUUGAUCUAUUUUAGGUGGUCUUUGAUGUUUUUGUUUGUUUGUUUUGUUUGCAUCUCUUUACUCGUCUGUCUUGUUUACUUCUCUUCACUCCUUGUCUUUUGAGAAAACUUAAAUUUGCCUCUCAAAAUCUAGUUCAGAAUAUUUUAUGUCAAGAGAAUUGUUUUUUAGGAUGCAAACUAAAAAUGAAAAAUAUUUUUAUGUCAUUGACCUGAAGCAAGGAUUAAGUUUUGGAGGUUUGUGACCCUUUUAUCUCAAGACAGAAAAUUUUAUUUUACUUUUUAUUUUUUAAUGCAAAAAUAUAGCAGAGUUCUCUUUGAAAAUACUUGAGGUGGCAAUGCAUAGUUAGGUGACUGUUCUUUCUGAACAUUGUAUUUUAAA